CCUUAGCAUUUUCAUCACGCAAUUUGCGGGCGUUAGGUGUGCUUAAAGACUAACAUCGUCGUGACCUGAGGAAGCACCACGUCCCUUAUCUCAACACCCCCCUCCAGCACAACUCAGGAGGCCCGACAACUUGGGUUCAGAUCGCGUUGCUUCAUCUGACAUGUUGACGGCGGCCAGUCAUGCUUCACCUAUCACCACUGUUAUGCGGCCUGGCCGUGCUGAGCCAACUCGGCUCCGUAGUCAUCGCUGUUCCGCUGGAGUUCAAGUACCAGAGGGUGAUCCAAAACAUCUCUUCCGAAGGUCACCGGGGAGCCGUGGCCAGUGAGAGCGCGAUAUGUUCCCAGAUUGGCACUGACGCCCUCCGCAAGGGUGGUUCCGCCGCCGACGCCAUGGUAGCCACCACCCUCUGCGUCGGCACCAUCGGCAUGUACCACUCUGGCAUCGGCGGCGGCGGCUUCAUGCUGGUGCGCGACCCGGACGGCAACUACCACACGGUCGACUACCGCGAGACCGCGCCCGCCGCCGCCACCCAAGAUAUGUAUAACGACGACCCGAACGCCAGCGUGCUCGGCGCCCGCUCCGUCGCCAUUCCCAGCGAGCUGCGCGGUCUCGAGUACGUGCACAGCAAGUACGGCCGUCUGCCAUGGCACGACCUUGUGAUGCCCUCGGUUAAGAUUGCCCACGACGGCUUCAAGGUAACGGAGGAUCUGGUCCGGUACAUGGCCAGCGCCUCGGCGUCGGACGACUUUUUGACCCGUGACCCCGUUUGGGCCCAAGAUUUCGCUCCCAACGGCACCCUUCUCGGGCUCGGCGACACCAUCACGCAGAAACGGUACGCCAAGACACUCCUAAAGAUCGCCCUCCUCGGCGCCGACGCCUUCUACACCGGCCCGAUUGCCGACUCCAUCAUCGCCCUCCUCCAGCCGCUCGGCGGCAUCCUCACCCAUUCCGACCUCGCCAACUACGAGGCCUCCAUCAAGCCCGCGCUGAACAUCACCUACCGGGACUCCUUCCGCAUCUUCGCCACCGACGCACCUUCUUCGGGAGCUGUAACCCUCUCCAUCCUCAAAACCAUGGAACAAUUUCCCUCCCUCAACCUCUCCUCCAAUAUCCCCCUCACCAACCACCGCUUCGUCGAAGCCAUGAAGUUCGCCUACGGCGCCCGCCAAUCCCUCGGCGACCCAUCCUUCAUCACCAACAUCACCUCCUUUCAGGAAGCCAUGCUCUCCCCCCAAACCGCCAAGUUCAUCUCUUCCAAAAUCCUCCCCAACUCCACCCUCCCCCUCUCCGAAUACGACCCAGUAAAGAACUACGCCGCCGCUUCCCACGGCACUUCGCACAUUGUCACGGCCGACCGGUCCGGGCUAACCCUCUCGUCCACCACGACGAUCAACCUCCUCUUCGGCAGUCGCCUAAUGACGCCUGACACGGGCAUCAUCCUCAACGACGAGAUGGAUGAUUUCAGCCAGCCCAACAAGAACAACUCCUUUGGCUUUGUCCCUUCCCCCUCCAACUUUAUCCGCGCCGGCAAACGUCCGCUGUCGAGUAUCUGUCCCUUGAUGGUUGAGCACAUUAGCAACGGCAGCUUGUGGUUCGCUACGGGAGCUGCCGGAGGAAGCAGGAUCAUUUCCAGUACCACGCAGGUGGCGUUUAAUGUGCUCGAGGGCCUUGCUGUCCAUCCGAAUACGACCGACUUGAAGGUCAAGGGGGUGGGUGGUGAGGGAAGCGUGAUGCGGGCGGCGGUGGCGGCGCCGCGGUUGCACGAUCAGUUGAUGCCCGAGGUGUUGCUGGUUGAGAAAGGGUACGGACAAGAUGUAUACGAUGAUUUGAAGAGGAGGGGACACAAUGUGACUUGGCAGGCGCCGGGGCUGAGUGCGGUGCAGGCGGUGAUGAGGUUUGGGAAUGGAACGUUUGUGGCGGCGAGUGAGACUAGGCAGGUCAAUAGUGGUGGGUUUGCUGUUUAGAUGGGAUGCGCAAAGGUUAGGGAUGACAGAACCUACCUCGCCGAUGACAAAAAGAAUUGUCAGGGACGAGCCUACUUACCCUUGGAUACUCAUAACGAAUUAGCGGAUCCUAUAGACAUUUGGAACAGCGAUGAUGAUAAUGAUUCAAUGAGAUAAUCAAUGAGAGAGGAAGUUUGUUC